GGGCUGCCCCUCCGAUGAGGCGGGCGGAAUAAGCGCGUCCAGCCGGGGCCGCUCCUCCAUGAAGCCUUCCUCGCCCUAGCCCGCCGGCCGCCUCUCAGGCCCUCCUCCCUCCGCGAGCGGCCGGCGGCGGCGGCGGCAGCGUCCGGGCCCCGAGCCGAGCGCCAUGGCGUCCAACACGGAGCGGGGGGAGAUCCUGCUCACCGAGCUGCAGGGGGAUGCUCGAAGCCUUCUCCUUCCUGAAAAUGUGAGCACUGGCCAAAAGUUAGACUUUUCAGACACAAUGGUGCAACAGAAAUUGGAUGAUAUCAAGGAUCGUAUCAAACGAGAAAUAAGGAAAGAACUGAAAAUAAAAGAAGGAGCUGAAAAUCUCAGGAAGGUCACAACAGACAAAAAAAAUUUGGCUUAUGUGGACAAUAUUUUGAAAAAAUCAAAUAAAAAAUUAGAAGAAUUACAUCAUAAACUGCAGGAAUUAAAUGCCCAUAUUGUUGUAACAGAUCCAGAAGAUCUUACAGAUUGUCCAAGGACCCCAGAUACUCCAAAUAGUGAUCCUCGUAGUUCUACUAGCAAUAAUAAAUUGAUGGCCUUAAAAAAACAAUUGGACAUAGAACUGAAGGUAAAACAAGGAGCAGAGAAUAUGAUACAGAUGUAUUCAAAUGGCUCUUCAAAGGAUCGAAAACUCCUUGCCACCGCUCAACAGCUGCUUCAGGACAGCAAGACAAAAAUAGAAGUCAUAAGGAUGCAGAUUCUUCAGGCAGUCCAGACCAAUGAACUGGCUUUUGAUAAUGCAAAACCUGUGAUAAGUCCUCUUGAACUUCGGAUGGAAGAAUUACGGCAUCAUUUUAGGAUAGAAUUUGCAGUAGCAGAAGGUGCAAAGAAUGUGAUGAAAUUACUUGGAUCUGGAAAAGUAACAGACAGAAAAGCACUUUCAGAAGCUCAAGCGAGAUUUAAUGAAUCAAGUCAAAAGUUGGAUCUUUUAAAGUAUUCAUUAGAACAAAGAUUGAACGAACUUCCGAAAAAUCAUCCCAAAAGCAGUAUUAUUAUUGAAGAGCUAUCUCUUGUUGCAUCACCAACACUAAGUCCACGGCAGAGUGUAAUAUCUACACAAAACCAGUAUAGUACACUAUGCAAACCAGCAGCACUAACAGGUACUUUGGAAGUUCGACUCAUGGGCUGCCAAGAUAUACUAGAGAAUGUCCCUGGACGUUCAAAAGCAACAUCAGUUACACUGCCUGGCUGGAGCCCAAGUGAAACAAGAUCAUCCUUCAUGAGCAGAACAAGCAAAAGUAAAAGUGGGAGUAGUCGAAACCUUCUAAAAACAGAUGACUUGUCCAAUGACAUCUGUGCAGUUUUGAAGCUGGACAAUACCGUGGUUGGUCAAACUAGCUGGAAACCCAUUUCUAAUCAGUGUUGGGACCAGAAGUUUACACUGGAACUUGAUAGGUCACGUGAACUGGAAAUUUCAGUUUAUUGGCGUGAUUGGCGAUCUCUCUGUGCAGUAAAAUUUCUAAGGUUAGAAGAUUUUUUAGACAACCAGCGACAUGGCAUGUGUCUUUAUCUGGAACCCCAGGGUACUUUAUUUGCAGAGGUUACCUUUUUUAAUCCAGUUAUUGAAAGAAGACCAAAGCUUCAAAGACAAAAGAAAAUUUUUUCAAAACAACAAGGCAAAACAUUUCUCAGAGCUCCUCAAAUGAAUAUUAAUAUUGCCACUUGGGGAAGGCUGGUGAGAAGAGCAAUUCCAACGGUAAAUCAUUCUGGCACCUUUAGUCCUCAGGCUCCUGGGCCUACAACAGUACCUGUGGUUGAUGUGCGUAUUCCAGAACUAACACCGCCAGCAAGUGACCCUACAGUAACCAAAUUGGACUUUGAACUUGAACCAGAAACACCUCCAGCCCCACCACGUGCAUCUUCCUUUGGAGAAAUACAUGAACCUUCAGAGUUAAGAGUUUUGGAUGUACCAGGACAGGAUUCAGAAACAACUUUUAAUUUUGAAAAUGACAGAAAUAAUAUUGCUUCAAAAAAACAAGCUGAAUAUGAGCCUCCUAUCCCUCAUUCAGGCCUAGAGUACAGAAGUGUUCAAGAACCUGAGGAUAGAAGAUCUCCACAGAGGUUUCAGUUUAGUCUUCAAGACUUUAGGUGUUGUGCUGUAUUGGGUAGAGGGCAUUUUGGAAAGGUGCUUUUGGCUGAAUACAAAAAUACAAAUGAGAUGUUUGCCAUAAAAGCCUUAAAGAAAGGAGAUAUUGUUGCUCGAGAUGAAGUAGACAGCCUCAUGUGUGAAAAACGAAUUUUUGAAACUGUGAAUAGUGUAAGGCAUCCCUUUUUGGUGAACCUUUUUGCUUGUUUCCAAACCAAAGAGCAUGUUUGCUUCGUAAUGGAAUAUGCUGCCGGUGGGGACCUAAUGAUGCACAUUCAUACUGAUGUCUUUUCUGAACCAAGAGCUGUAUUUUAUGCUGCAUGUGUAGUUCUUGGAUUACAAUAUUUACAUGAACACAAAAUUGUUUAUAGAGAUUUGAAGUUAGAUAACUUGUUGCUAGAUACAGAGGGCUUUGUGAAAAUUGCUGAUUUUGGUCUUUGCAAAGAAGGAAUGGGCUUCGGAGACAGAACGAGCACAUUUUGUGGCACUCCAGAAUUUCUAGCUCCAGAAGUCUUGACUGAAACGUCUUAUACGAGAGCCGUGGACUGGUGGGGGCUUGGAGUACUUAUAUAUGAAAUGCUGGUUGGAGAGUCUCCCUUUCCUGGUGAUGAUGAAGAAGAGGUUUUUGACAGUAUUGUAAAUGAUGAAGUAAGGUAUCCACGAUUCUUGUCUACAGAAGCCAUUUCCAUAAUGAGAAGGCUACUGAGAAGAAAUCCAGAGCGGCGCCUGGGAGCUGGUGAGAAAGAUGCAGAGGAUGUAAAAAAGCACCCAUUUUUCCGGCUAAUUGAUUGGAAUGCUUUGCUGGCCAAGAAAGUAAAGCCACCCUUUGUUCCUACCAUCAGAGGACGAGAGGAUGUAAGUAAUUUUGAUGAUGAAUUUACCUCAGAAGCACCUAUUCUGACCCCACCUCGGGAACCAAGGAUACUUUCAGAAGAGGAGCAAGAAAUGUUUCGAGAUUUUGACUACAUUGCAGAUUGGUGUUGAGUUCCAAGACACUGUGAAACUAGCAGAGUGACUCGCAAGAAGACAGACUUCUUUAGCCGAAUAGCAACCCUUCCACUUGCUCUCUGUGCCACCGGUAGCUUCUGAUUUUGGAAAUCACACGAAGAUUUGUUUUUAAAGUACUAGUCUAAUAUCUUUCUUGAAGAGUGGCCUUUUGCAAUGUAUUUCCAUUUUUAAUCUGUGCACUGGAAACAGUUUUAUGGGGUUUAAGCUGAAUACAGGCCAUAUAAACAUCCUUCACAGGUGGACACACUUGGAUCAAUGUUGUCUUUUUUUCCUUCCUCUUCUACAGUGGAUACUUUUGUCCUAUGCUUGCCUUAAGUGGAAGGAAGACCAGCUUGGGAUCUAGAAAAGAUAAAAGAUAACCAGUUUACUUCAUUCCACUGUGUUUUAAGAAUAAAAGCUUGGGAUGCAAAUGAUACUCAACCUUAACAAGAUUCUAUCAGAAUAAGGCAAAUGCUGUUAUUUUUUAAAGGAAUUACUGUAAUAUUAUCCAAAAGUGUCGUUUGCAACUUGUACACAUUUUGGUGUCGAGUUUGAAAAUAACGGAAUGAAUUGAUGCCUUCUUUUGUAAAUUUUCUAUAUUUAUUAGGAGGAAAUGUUUUUAAUGCCUUAUCUUUACCAACCAUGUAAGUGCUUCCAUAAUAAUAUGGACAAGUUCUCAAAGCUACUUGCCAAACAAUUAUUUGUUUGUUAAGCAUUGCUAAAACAAACAGAACAUCAGCAUUUUAAGAAAGUAAAGAAAGGAAUGCUUCUGGUCAGUAUGAAUUGAGAUACUGUAUUUUCUGUACGCAUUCCCAAAGCCUAGAUGCUCCUGGAUUUUCAGUCGUGACUUUCCAAAUCAAUGAACAAGAUGGCCUUUUUAUAAACGACCCACCCUUCAUUUAGCAUCCUAGUUCUUUGUGUAUCUGCUGUAUUAAGGUAAACGUAUCAUUUUUACACCAUGGGGAUUGUCAGUAUAUACAUGCCGUGAACAUGUAUAUGUGUGAGUUGUAAUCUAUUUGAUGUUCUAGGCUUGUUAUUUAAUUGUACCACUUUGUUACUUCGGCACAGUGGCCACGCAGACGCCUCCGACUCCAGCAUUUACGUGAAGUACAUUUGUAUACAUUUUAGGCCACUGAAUCCAGAUUUUAUAUUGGCAGUUACUGAGGGUAAAAAAGCAAUAUGUUGUAACAGAAUGUAUAAAUAUUUUUGAUAAAACAGUGUAUGUAUAUUUUAUAAACCUAUUAUAACACUAAAAAACUGUACCUCAAAAGUCUCAAAAAGUAAUUUGACCAAAUAUUUUCAUAACACUUGAGAAGGGCCUGUUUUGGGUUAUCUUUGUGUUGCUACAGGAAAGUCAUUUUGCCAACUAGUGUUUCUCCUUGCCUAGAGCCUUUUUCCUUGUUGGUGACUCUAAUGUUUUUCCCCUCAGUUAGGAGAUAGAAUCUAGAUAGCUCUAGCUCUAUAUACAUAUAGAUAACUCAUGAUCUUGGCUCAGCCACAAAGGAUCAUCAUACCUCACCAAGAGCAAGCCGUCAGCUUACCUGGACUGAAUUAACCAUGUAAUUGCAAUAAACAAGCUUCCCUCUGAAACGAUUCAUGUUUAAAUCUUGUAGGGAAAAAUGAAAGCACACUGAGUUACAGAGAACUGAGCUCAAGAUAUCUUAAGGUGUUUCAAGAACCUUACAGCUCUCCGCUGUCAUUCGUGAUUUGUCCUCUUCAGAACAGUGUAAGCCCCAAGAAUACUGACAGUCUCCUUGAUUGCCCUUUAACUCCAACAAAAAGAUGAUGAUGAUGAUGAUUCAGAGCUCCUGAUGCCAUACAAGGAGGAGGGCCAACAAGAUCCUGGGGGAAAAGAGGCCUGGCAUGUUGGGUUUAUUCCUCAGAAUUCCAAAUGCUUCCUCACUAGAGAGAGCAGCCCACUUUGUGGAGUUAUCUUACCAUGUCUGUGGUGCUGCCUGUCUUUGGCAGGGAUCAGAGGAAGAGCUUAGCUCAGGGCUCAGGAUUUCAUUGGAACUGUUCUGUGACGUGAGACAUGAAAUACUUUUGAGGUACAGUCUGCUUACUCUUUCUGGUUCUCAAGAUACACCCGGAGAGCCAUGUCUGAAAAGGCUUUUAGCAUUAAACACUGAAGUAGCCUUUUGUAACUACACAUUGUACAGAAUUUUUUUUUUAAUUGAAGUAAAUCACUAAAAAAAAUUAGAGGGCAGGGUAUGUUCACACAAUUAAGCUGAAGAAAGCACUAAUUUUCUCUGUAGUUUUUUAAAGUUUAUUUUUAGUCAGAUUUAAAAUUUUAAACUCUAGAUUGUAAAUAUAUUUUGCUAUUCUGUAUCUGUAAGUGGCUGCUCAGAGCACUUUGUAAGGAAAUUAGGAUAUUUUAGAAUGGUACACUAUGCAUUCAUUAAAAUGAGACGUGCCUUUUUAACAAUGUCAUUCUAAAAAAAAAACUUGAGUGUUUUGCAGUCAUUAAUUAUCACAAAUGCACAAAUUAAAGUUUAAAUAGAUUGUACUUUGUAA